CUCUCCUCCCCCGUGGCUCUGGCACCUUCCCAGGCAUCCACUGCUUUCACCUCAGACUCCCCAGCCUCACCAGGACUCAACCUAGCAUCUAGCUGCGUCUGGCACCUCUUAGCUGCGCCUGGUACCUCCUAGCUGCACGGAGACUCCUCUUGGCAUUAUUCCUGAUGGAGCGUGGAGAGGCAGCGUGCCGUGUGUGCGGCGACAAGGCUUCGGGGAAGCACUACGGUGUUCCUUCGUGUGAUGGCUGCAGAGGAUUCUUCAAGAGAUCCAUCAGACGUUACCGUAACAAGACUCUAGACUACGUGUGUAAGGAAGCUGGCACUUGUGUGGUAGACGUUACUAGGAGGAACCAGUGCCAGGCCUGUCGUUUCAAGAAGUGCCUAGAUGUCAACAUGAAGAAAGAUGCUGUGCAACACGAGAGGGCGCCAAGGUCUUGCCAGAAGCGGCCCAUGUUUGCUCCAGACAUGCCAGGGGCGGCAGGAUUCCCCCCAGUGUCGGUGGGCGGCGGGACCGGCUUGCCACCGCUGCCACCCUACUACCCGGCUCUGCUGUCACCCAUGCCCUUUAAGCCGCCCUUCCUGCCGAUGACACCAUCCAUGGCGCCCCUCAACCUACACUUCAGCCAUAACUCUGCCUUCAAGCCUAAUCUGGCCAUCCUGGGCGGCGAGCUGCGCCGCCCGUAUACAGACACCGCCCUCCAUCACUCUCCCUCGCCGCCCAUCGACUCCAAGCCUCCAAUAAACGAGUGUCUGGAGUAUAAACUUCCUCCUGGGGAGCGGCUGGAGUUCAAGCCGCCACUCAGCGAACGCCUCGGUUUGAAGCCGCCAAUCGCUGAGCGUCUUGAGCUGAAGCCACCAACGGUCGAUCACCGGCAGCCAAUAAGCAGCCUGGCGGAGAUCUGCCGGGCGACCAAUGGCGGCUCGGCCUUCAGACCCCGCGACGCCCUUCUCCUUCGCCGCCUCCCAGCAGUGGUGGCCAGGCAGAAGUCUCCAGCUCCGACCUCGCCAGGAACAAUGUUCACGCCUCCUGUACCACCGCAGCCAUCAUCCGCUACAACAACAACAAACAACAACAAUAAUAACAGCAACAACAAUAAUAACAGCAACAACAAUAAUAACAGCAACAACAACAACAACAACAACAGCGACAGUGUUAACAAUAACAACGUUAACCUAUUUUCUUCAGACAAUGGUACUAAAGUUAAUGAUAAGUCAGAGUCCGCCCACACUCCGCCCACGGCUGCCUCUGCGCCCACACCAUCACCAGCCAGCACGCCCACGUCGUCUUCUUCCACGCCCACCCCGCCCACCACCACCGCCCACACUACAGCAGCACCGCCCAUCACCGUUGACCCGGGAGCUCUGGUUAUCACCCCAACAGACAACGUCUACGAGAACGCUGCCAAGCUCCUGUUUCUUGGUGUGAAGUGGGCGCGAUCCAUCCCUUCCUUCAUGCAGUUGCCGUUCCGUGACCAGGCCAUCCUGCUGGAGGAGUCGUGGAGUGAACUGUUCGUGGUCGCUGCUGCCCAGUGGUCGCUGCCUCUUGAUGAAGGGAGCCUAGUCCGAGGUGCUGGAGCCUCGGUGGAGCACGAGGCUGGUCUAGCCAGGGAGGUGGAGGCUAUGAGGGACGUCAUCACCAGGCUCCACGCACUCAGAGUGGAUCACACAGAGUAUGCUUGUCUCAAGGCACUUAUACUUUUCCGUCCAGAGGCCCGUGGACUGCGUGACGGAUACGGAGUUGAGGUGCUACAGGAUCAGACCCAGUUGAUGUUACACGAAUACCUGGCCAGCAAGGUGUGCGGUGCUGGGGGCAGAGUCAGAGCUGGCAAACUCCUGCUACUGCUCCCGGCGCUGGGUCAUGUGUCAGCUACGGCCGUCCAGGAGAUUUUCUUCAAGCGCACCGUCGGCAACACCCCCAUCGAGCGAGUCCUCUGCGACAUGUUCAAGUCCAGCUGA